CUGCGAUUUUCCAUCGAUAUAUUGUUUGAUAGGCGAAUGUCCUGAGUGAUCUCUUUCUCAUCCUUUAUUUCAUCGCUUUGAAGUCACAAAGCCAAGUAAUUGCCAGGGAUAAGUUUUGUUUCACAAUGGGCGAACGUGAAAGUCGGCUCGAUGAUAGAACUAUCGCGGACUCCAUAUGGGGACCAUGCGAAUCAGAUCAGGUUGCCUCUGACCGAGACCGACGACUGGCGAGGUUCUUCACCUAUUGCGCAGAACAGCGACCACCACCCUGUUUCGACCAGCCAAGCAUCGUGGGUCAUACGAAAGACGUAGAAGGCGCCAUACGACUACUCAAAUCAAGCCCCUUGAUACGUAAGGAUCUGUUGUUGAACCAAGAGUCCGCUGAGAUGAGCAGUGUUGCAUCGGUCGAGUCCGCGCUUCGCAUGAUGCUUAUGACGGAAUGCGAAUCCGAGGGUACUGUAGCCAUGGGAAGCGGCAACAUCUACCGUUGGGACAACAGUGAGACAUUGGUGGAUUACUUGGGACGGGUGUACACUCAGUCUACUCCAACAGACGUACCUAAAGAUCCCAUCGACCACACAAAGCUCAGAUGCUACAUCCUGACUAAGGACGCUGGUAUAAAGAUCCAGCAGACCGAGAAAUUGUCGGAUCACCUGUAUCUCAAUUGCGGCUCUAGGACCAAGAUACUCUACGUCUUCUCUCACAAAGCAUUCCUCGAAUGUAGUCGAGAGACGCUGAAAGCAAGUCGCCCGGAUCUCAGCCAUACUACUGAGGAAGCAUUAUCACUAGGUUGUCUGCCGCCAAAGCUCAUAGAAGAGACACUUCGGACGUACGAUCUUCUCUUUCCGCUGAUUGGGAGCGCCAGAUCUAGAAGAGGCCUACAAGACUGGAUUAAGCGUGAUCAUUUGGACGCAAGUCUGUUGAAAGCCUCCACCGGCCUCUCCAAGAAGGGCACACCGCGAACUUUGCACGAUCUCUACGAGGAUUUCCCAUACUGGGCCCCCCAAUUGGCCCGUCUGCUGGAAGAAGUCGAUGAUCCGACCCCGACCACUCGGUGGGAGAGAUACGCAGAGCGUAGGAAGUCCCACCGGCACACGUACAAGUGCGCCAUCGCCGCGCUCGUGGUAGCUGCCGUUUCGGGGACGCUGGCGACAUUGUUGGCGGCAGUUCAAGUAUGGAUAUCGUACUGUGAUUGGGACAAGAAUGGCAACAAGACACUGUGUUAA